CAGCGGAUAAGCCACCCGCUUCCGAUCCGAUUCCACAGCUCGACCAACUCUCCGCCUCCCGUCACCACCUCGCGGCUCGCGCUCUCCGAUCCCGCGCAUAUUCUCCACCCCGUCCUCUGCUCCGCCCCAUCAGUACAUCACCACGCACUACUAGGACGCCGCGCCGCAGCCCCACCAUCUCCGAGACCGAGUUCUGAUCGCCGCCGGAACCGGUACACGGAAAGCCGUAAACCAAUGGCGCUCCUCGCGCCGAGCCCGCGCGCGCUCUGCGUGCGGGAGGCCGCGGCGGCGUCGCCGCACCCGCACUCGUUGGCGACCGCCGCCUGCUCGACCGUUGGCGGCGGGGUGGCUGGGCGGGCGCUGUGGCUGUGGAACGGCGGCGGGACGGGGAGGAGGAGGAGGGAGCGCCGGGAGAGGUUCCGGGCGGAGGCAUACUUCUGGGACGUGUCCAAGCCGGUGGAGAUGGAGGAGAUCGACAGCAUGGAGAAGCUCGACGACGCGCUCAGGUGGUCCGUCGAGAACAACCAGCCCAUCAUCAUCGACUGGAUGGCAAGUUGGUGUCGGAAAUGCAUAUACCUGGUGCCCAGAAUGGAGAAGAUAGCAGGAGAAUAUCCUGGAGUCAGGUUUUACUUCGUCGAUGUCAACAAAGUUCCACAGGCGGUGGUGAAAAGAGGAAAUGUAACUAAAAUGCCCACUAUUCAGCUCUGGAAGGACGGAGAGUGGAAAGCAGAAGUAAUAGGUGGUCACAAAGCUUGGCUUGUGAUGGAUGAGGUCAGAGAAAUGAUCCAGAAGAACAAGUGACUUAGCACCCAUGUUAUGCAAUGGCCAAUGGAUAUUGUACCGUGUUCAAUGUAAAUAGAGAUAUCAGACGAUCUCUUCAUAUACUAAGCUGAAAUCAAACACAAAUAGAGCAACCAUGUUGGAAAUAACCAACCAAAUAAUACUGCUCCCUACUCCCUACGUUCAGUUCUCUUUGUAUAUGUAUGUUGGAACAAGAUGGAUUUUUAUGCCAGCACAAGGAAGCAAGGA